GGAUCAGCACGAUUCUAUAAAACGAAGUGGACAUGCAAUCAUGUAAUUUAGUCAUUAGUACCCAACAGUGAUAGAGCAAAAAAUUUAACAUGGCUACCGCUCUUGUAACGCCAGUUCACACUGGAGGAUUCGUAUUUGAAAAUUGCAAAAGAAACAUUUUCUUGGAGAAGCAAGGAGCAAAACCACCAAAAGCCACUAAGACUGGAACAACCAUUGCUGGUGUUGUGUUUAAGGAUGGAAUUAUUUUGGGAGCUGACACUAGAGCGACAGAAGACACAGUCGUUGCCGAUAAGAACUGCUCCAAAAUUCACUACAUCUCACCAAACAUUUAUUGCUGUGGCGCCGGAACUGCCGCAGAUACAGAGACUACAACUUUGAUGAUAUCCUCAAAGAUGGAACUUCACAGACUAGCUACAGGCAGAGAAGACAGGGUUGUCACAGCCAAUAGAAUGCUUAAGCAGUAUCUUUUCAGAUACCAAGGGUACAUUGGUGCUGCAUUGGUUCUAGGUGGUGUAGACAUCGAUGGACCUCACCUGUACAGUAUCUACCCUCAUGGCUCAACCAAUAAGCUACCAUUUGUCACCAUGGGUUCCGGUUCACUUGCUGCCAUGUCAGUGUUUGAAGACCGAUACAAGGUUGAUAUGGAGGAAGAGGAUGCAAAGAAGCUAGUGCGAGAUGCCAUUGCUUCAGGUAUCUUCAAUGAUCUUGGAUCUGGUACCAACAUUGAUAUCUGUGUCAUCAAGAAAGAUAAAGUAGAUUAUCUGAGGCCUUAUGACGAGGCUAACAUCAAGGGUGUCAGGCAAGGAGAUUAUCGUUAUAAACGUGGAACAACAGCUGUCCUCACUAAAUCUGUUCGCGACUUCAAUGUGGACGUUACCGAGUCAGUGGAAGCAAUGGAGACAUCAUGAUCUGUGACAUCAAUGUAGACCGUCCUCUCUGGUGUAUUACUAUGGAUUAUUACAAGGAAAAACACAGUGUUUUUGCUGGGUAGCACUAUGUUUACUCUAAAUGUUAAUGGACAUUGUAUUCCUUUUGUAUUUUUUAAAUGUCUCAUAAGCUAAGCUUAUGUCGCUCUUUUUUACUCAGCUCAACUGACAUCAACCGACCUCAACUGGUUGCUGAUAACGCUCAUGUCGAUUUUCACACGCAAUUUCGCAGUUACAAGCAACACAGUAGAACUCCGUAGAACUAGUUGCCCAGAGCGCUUACGUCUCUUUUGACUAAAGAUCAUCUACAACUAGUUUGCAUGCAACGCUGACAUAUUUAAAAUGCUAACAUAUUUGAUGUUAGUGUGCACAACACAUGUGCAUAGUAGGCUAGAGUUGACUGUAACUCCUUUUACAUGACCAUUAAAUUUCUUGUCAGUUGCUUUGAAUUGCAGCAAAAUGUAACAUGGGCAACAGAGAGCAACUGUUAAUCGGAGCGCUCAUGUAAAUUCAAGUGGCGUGACUCACAGUUCCUGGCAAUUUGCUAAAGGUCAGUUGAUGUCAGUUUAGUCGCAAGGGCCACUUAUGCUUAGCUUUAAAGUGAAUAAUAGCAAUAGAAACAACUAAAAAACUGAAUGCAACCAGUUGCCGUUCAAUUGGUACAAUUAAUUUCAAAAUGCUGUUAAUUUUAUUUUAAAAUGUAGACAUGCCACAUAAGCAAAGAAUUCCUUAAACAAAAUUCCUUAUUCAAAAAUGCUUUUUUUCUUUUCCUUUAAAAAAUACUGUUUCAUCUACAAGAAUUAAUUUUUACACUAGGAAAAUGCACAUAAUUAUUUGAUUACUGCAAAGUUGAGAUUGAAAUUUAAGUUUGCGAGCAUUGUUCAACUCGACUGAAAUUGUAAUCAAAUUAUGACUGUACCUUUUUACACUGAAUUUCAAUGGUGAAUAAGUCAUCACUUUUGCUGUCAUUAUCCUGUAAAUUGGCAAUGUACUUGCUGUUGAAUGUGAAAUAAAUUAAAAUUUAAAAACAUA